AUGGCUUCACACCUUCCCGCCGACGGCAGCACGCUCGCUCCGCUGCCCAAAACCGUCCGAAACGGUCUGAUUGCUGUCACAACCUUGGCUUUGCUUUCUUUUGUGUCGACUGCGCUUCUCGUCCUCUACAUUACAUAUCGCCUGAUCAAAUGGGACGUGGUUGUAAAACAGACCAAGCAACAAAAUAUUGACGACGCGGCGACGCGGCAGACUGAAGUAGAUGGAACAAAUGAUCUGUCUCUCGGACUCGAGGAGCGGCACUAUGUUUUCCUCAAGGCAAAAUUCCCUUCGCCACCGAACAGCGAGCCCCCGACACCACGAUUCGAGAAAGAACAUGGACAUCAUGAGAUCAAGGACAACAGAUGGAACCCUGUGCUGAUGCUCAUUUAUAAUUUGCUCUGUGCAAAUCUGAUAGAAGCCAUGGCAUUUUUAUUGAGUGGUAAGCAGCGCUCGGUCUUGUUUUCCACUCCCUCUUGGGGCAUCUUGGCAACGUGUAUCGAUCGCCUUGUGCAGUACCUUGACGACCUUCGUGCAAAUGGGCAGCUGAGGAUGAGAUUGCUGAUCUCGAUUUCUGUAGUGGUAUGGGUCAAGGAAGACGGCAUUUUCGUGCCCACUGCUGCUUGCUGGGCCCAGGGUUGGUUUAUGCAGGUCGGAAAGCUUGUGUGUAGUGGAAUGUUAGUUCUCAUUAGCGUCAAUACGUAUACUACGAUUGUAAAGGGUUACAAACUACCCCGCAUGCUCAUUUAUAUCUUGACGGGAACUGUAUGGGUCAUUGCUUUCGCAUUCCCUCUCAUCAGUAUCCUGAGCACGCAUAACGGGGCAGACCAUGGCGGUUUCUACUCACGAGCUGGUGCCUGGUGCUGGGUUAACCCGAAGUACACCGUGUAUUCGCUCUGGCUUGAAUAUUUCUGGAUUUUCGUCGCCAUGGCCGUUACGGUGUGUCUUUUGAUGUGGGUGUUGUUCUCGCUUCAACGGAAUAACCAAUCAGCGCGGCAUUUCCCACAAGUCCUCUGCGAUUCCAUGGAGGCGAGGGAGAAGAACGAGCCACCUAAGCCGUCUGGUCAUCAUCCAGCAUUUCUCAUUUAUCAGAUCAUCUACAUUAUCUGCACUGCGCCUCUAGCCAUUAGUCGAAUGGCUGCAAUGACUGGGACAAAGCCGGGGUGGGUCUUUUACGGUAUUGCUGGCGCAAUGAUUGCGUCUCAUGGCUGGUUGAAUGUUCUUUUGUGGAGUACUACUAUCAUCUUCAUUGGCGACCAUGAUAUUCGAGAAACCGGUUUGGAAAAGUUUGCGUUCUUAAGAACGCCUCAAAGAGUGUAUGGCAACAUGGUAAUGGUUCAGGGCGGUAACGAUACGGAUGGAAAUUCAGCACGAUGUUGGUGGCCGCCACGCCAAGUACUGAACGCCGCGGGUGCAAGCGUGCCCUCAAGUCAACAUGGCCGGCAUGGAAGUCAGGAGUCGCUUCGAAGAAGUCGUUCUCUAGAUCAAAGUGUUAUCGAGGUGGAGAUUGAGGCCAAGGUCGUGGUGGAAGAUGUCAAGCAUAGCUAUCCCGACCAAGGGAAGGAGAGUGCCACAUGA